AUGACAGUCCAACAGCUUAACUCGAAUAUUUCUGACGACUCUGAUGAUAUGGUUAGUUUACCAUCCGAAGAAGAAGUUUACAGACGAAAAUACCAGUUAUUGUUAGAACGAUGUGAAGUAUUACAACAGGAUAACGAAAGAAUUGUAAACAGGAUACAUGAAGUAAAGAAAAUUACAAAGCGCUACAGGAAAGAUAUAAAACUACUGAUUGAGCGAUUGGAUAAACAUGGCGAUCCAUUCAGAACAACGUCAGUGGAAAUAGAUGUAAAGCCUGAAUUGACGUCGCGAAUUGCUCGUCCUGUAGCCAAGGCACAACCUUUUGUACGAAUCGCCGAAAAACAAAAUUCUAGUGGUGGCAAGAAGCCGGGGUCUAAGAGAAAAAGUAAAGCUGAUAAGCCUGAAAGAGACCCGAAUGCUCCAAAAAAGCCAUGUAAUGCCUUUUUCCAAUUUUGUCAAGAACAGAGGCCCUUGGUUGUAGCAGAAACAACUUCAGAAAUGGGGGCAGAACCUACUAAACAAGAAGUAACACGACAAUUAGCAUCAAGGUGGAGAUCCCUAACAAAUGAUGAGAAAAGAGUGUAUGUGGCUAUGUUCGAGAGAUCAAAAGAAAAGUAUGCAGAAGAAAUGUCAGCCUAUAUAAAAAAGGAGCAAUGA